UCACGAAAACUAUUCGGGCAUAAAUUGGCGUUUGUUUUACUUCAGUCAUGCUACCCUCUUAGGCCCUAUAGUGCGUCCAUUCCUCACGGAGCUCCACUUCUCCAUCGAGUUCUCGAGGUCUCUGGUGAUGCUUUUCUGGUGGCCAUUACUCGUCCUCAGCAUCGCUUUUGCGAUCUGCCGCUUUCUGCUCUUGUUGAUUCCGCCCAAUGUCCCCUCCAUUGAGGUCGAUGCAUCCGAUGUAUUGGAGGACGGGAGCCAAACGAAGGAGAAUGGAUACAUUUACAUUCCAAGCAAGGGAAAGCAAGCCCAGAAGGACAAGGUUCAGUGCUACGAGCCUGCAACUAUGAAAUAUUUGGGUUUCUAUCCGGCCGUCACAUCUGAAGAGGUUAAAGUGCAUGUAGCUCAAGCUAGGAAAGCACAGAAGACAUGGGCAAAUAGUAGCUUCAAGCAAAGGCGUCAGUUUUUACGAAUUCUUCUGAAGUACAUAAUUGAACAUCAAGCGCUCAUAUGCGAGGUCUCUUCUCGAGAUACUGGAAAGACAAUGGUAGAUGCGUCCUUGGGAGAAAUAAUGACAACAUGUGAAAAGAUAACAUGGCUUUUGGCGGAGGGUGAGAGAUGGCUGAAGCCUGAAUUCAGAUCUUCUGGGAGAUCAAUGCUGCAUAAGAGAGGGAAAGUAGAAUUUCAUCCCAUAGGUGUGAUUGGAGCAAUUAUUUCUUGGAAUUAUCCGUUUCACAACAUUUUCAAUCCAAUGCUAGCUGCUGUUUUCUCUGGAAAUGCUGUGGUUAUAAAGGUGUCAGAGCAUUCUAGCUGGUCGGGAUGUUUUUAUUUUAGGAUCAUUCAAGUUGCUCUAGUAGCUGUAGGAGCUCCGGAGAAUUUGGUUCAUGUAAUUACUGGGUUUGGAGAAACUGGUCAAGCUCUUGUAUCUUCAGUUGACAAAAUCAUCUUUGUUGGAUCACCUGCUGUGGGUAGGAUGAUCAUGCAAAAGGCUUCAGAGACAUUGAUUCCCGUUACACUCGAGCUUGGUGGCAAGGAUGCGUUUAUUGUGUGUGAAGAUGCUGAUGUACCUCAUGUUGUACAAAUUGCAGUAAGAGGUGCACUCCAAUCUAGUGGUCAAAACUGCGCUGGUGCUGAGAGGUUUUAUGUUCACCGUGACAUAUAUCCAACUUUUGUUGCGCAGAUUGUGAAGCUUGUAAAAUCCGUGACUGUUGGCCCUCCAUCGGGGGGCAAGUAUGAUAUGGGUGCUAUAUGUAUGCAAGAGCAUGCUGACAAGCUUCAAAGUCUAGUAAAUGAUGCCUUGGAGAAAGGUGCUGAAAUUGUAGGCAGAGGAAGCUUUGGAAACCUGGGGGAAGAUGCGGUGGAUCAAUUCUUUCCCCCAACUGUCAUAGUGAAUGCUAACCACACAAUGAAACUGAUGCAAGAAGAGGCUUUUGGGCCUAUAAUCCCUAUUAUGAAGUUUGAUACAGAUGAAGAGGUUAUCAAGCUUGCAAACGAUUCAAACUAUGGUCUUGGCUGUGCUGUAUUUUCUAACAACCGAAAACGUGCUGUUGAUAUAGCUUCUCAGAUACACUGUGGAGUUGUUGCUAUUAAUGAUUUUGCAUCGAAUUACAUGUGUCAGUCAUUGCCAUUUGGCGGAGUAAAACACAGUGGAUUCGGAAGAUUUGCUGGAGUUGAAGGAUUGCGAGCCUGCUGCCUUGUGAAGUCCGUGGUUGAAGAUAGAUGGUGGCCUUAUAUCAGAACAAAGAUACCCAAGCCCAUUCAGUAUCCAAUUUCAGAGAAUGGAUUUGAGUUCCAGGAAUCUCUGGUUGAAGCUCUCUACAGCCUGAAUGUGUGGGAUAGGCUUCGGGCUUUGGUCGGAGUGCUGAAGAUGAUUUCUGAGCAGAACUCUACCUCUCAGACAGAUAAAAGAUCGUAAAAUAUCAUUGUAAUAAUGAUGUUUCUGCUGCGUAUAUGUUUUUAAAUCUUCGCCUGAUAACAGCUUGCUAUCGUGAUUUUCCCAUUGAGCAUCAAAAAGAAGCUGUUGCAUCUUUCUUCUUCUUGAUGAUUAUUGAAUCAUAGAAACAAAUGAUUACUGUGCGAUGGUCUAUUUUCUGUUUUUUUUUUUUUUUUUUUUU